CCGUAUGGGGCUGAGCGUGAAAGGGGAUGCAGUCACCCUGAUCAAAGACUGCGUGGUGCGAGAGACUGAGGAGAUGGCCCGCUCCGACGACGUGCUCGUCGACACCUCGGGCGUCACUCUAGUCGGACAGGCGUUGAACAUCACUGUCGACCCCUUCCAGGGAGACCUGCAGCAACUGCUGAUAGUCCCCGCUCCAGACGCGGCUUACGAGUUGUGCAGUAGCUACGUUCCUGGAUGCGCCAUCCCGCUGCCGCCGCUAGAUGCCGACUACGGAGACCCACUCCUCAACAGGACUGAUCCUGGUGAGAGGGAACCGCAACCGGGUGGAACCUACCACAACGAAACGACUCCGUAUUAUCCGGAUGGAGGAACAACACCGGUCCCACCCUAUUAUCCGGGGAUCAGCUAUCCCGUUGAGGGGCCGCCGGGUCCUCAGGGCUUUCCCGGUCCUCCUGGAUUUCCUGGACUAAAAGGCGACAAGGGAGACCCGGGAAGGGACGGACUUGCCGGCACGGCGGGGCAGCCUGGCGCCCCUGGACACGUCUUUAUGAUUCCAUAUCCGAGAGCAGAAGACAUCAAAGGUCCUGACAACACCGAACCACUGCGACAGAUGCUCAGCCAGCACAUGAUGGCGAUGCGGGGCGCCCCUGGGCCUAUGGGGUUGACUGGCCUACAUGGGCCUGUGGGUCCCACAGGACCGCCGGGUGAGAAAGGAGAGCGCGGAGAGCAAGGCGAUGUGGGGCCAAGAGGAAUGCGGGGCCAGCAAGGAACAUCUGGAAAACCGGGAAGACGGGGACGAAGCGGCAAGGAUGGGGAACGUGGAAAGCCAGGACCCCUGGGUCCGAAGGGCGAUAUAGGCCUUCCGGGUCUUCCAGGUCUGCCGGGAGAGAAAGGUGAAAGGGGUUUCAUCGGCGCUCCGGGCGACCAGGGCCUGGUCGGGCACGAAGGGGCCCCGGGUGAUGAUGGAGCUACAGGACUGCCCGGACUUCCCGGAGAAAUGGGUCCGCGAGGAUUCCCAGGCCCCCGCGGAUUCGUUGGACUCCCAGGACCACCUGGAAUACCGGGCGCCGAAGGGCCUGUGGGACCUAAGGGUAACACGGGUCCUCCAGGUGGACCUGGGCAGCCAGGACAGCAAGGGAUGCAGGGUCCUGGGGGAUCGCCAGGCCCUCAGGGCCUCCUAGGACCACUGGGACCACAGGGUCCUCGAGGAAAACCAGGACUUCCAGGUCUUCCAGGAGCGGAUGGAAUGCCAGGACCGCCAGGAAAUGCUGGCCCACCCGGCGGUAAAGGUGAUAUGGGACAAGCUGGACAGCAGGGACCAACAGGAUUCCCAGGUCCCCGUGGCGUCAAGGGUGACGACGGUCCGCGAGGUCCGCAAGGUGACAAAGGUGAUAAGGGUGCUCCCGGAGUGGACGGCCAAAAAGGUGACCACGGACUUACUGGCGACCGAGGUGCUCCAGGUACCGAGGGUGUCCAAGGAAUAGAAGGCCCUGAAGGCCCCAAGGGAUUUGAAGGGCCCCGAGGAGAGAAAGGGCCGCCAGGACCACCAGGCGAAAAGGGUAAACUGGGCAUUCCGGGAUUCCCAGGAUAUCCGGGAUCGACUGGACCCAAGGGCGAAAAAGGAUUUCACGGGAAGCCCGGAGAGAAGGGAGACAAAGGUGACCGGGGACCAACAGGCCUACACGGAGAGCGAGGACAAAUGGGACCACGGGGAAACAGGGGCCAAAGAGGAAGAGUCGGAAAAAGAGGUGCACCCGGAGAAAAGGGCAGCACCGGUGAGCCCGGACCUCCUGGCAUUCAGGGCGAGAGGGGGCCCCAAGGCCCUGAAGGCGCCAGAGGCUUCAUGGGUGUGCCAGGGUCGCCUGGAGCGGCGGGAAAGGACGGGCCUCCGGGAACUCCAGGAGAGCGAGGGCCACCCGGUGAAACCGGCACAGCGGGACCUCCAGGGCCACCUGGCGUCAUCGGACCGGCGGGCCCACCCGGUGAAACAGGAGCCUCCGGCGACAUCGGACCGCCUGGUCGUCCGGGUCUUCCCGGUGAGACCGGCCUGCCUGGACCUGCUGGAAAAGAGGGCCCGACGGGUCCCGUCGGCCUUCCGGGCAACAAAGGUCCUCCUGGGCCUCCAGGCCCUCAGGGUUUUCCAGGAGAAAGGGGAAACAUGGGACCGCCGGGGUUCCCUGGUCCCAAAGGUGAAAUUGGGCUUCCAGGAGCACUCGGGCCGCGCGGUGAAAAAGGAGACAUCGGCCUACCUGGCGACCCUGGACCUGCCGGUGAAAAGGGACGCAGCGGUCCGGUCGGUCCACCAGGGCCAUUGGGUCCGAAGGGAGACAAGGGUGACCUGGGAGGUCCUGGUCCCCUCGGCAGAGACGGACUUCCGGGAGCGAGGGGGCUGCCGGGACCGCCGGGACCCGUUGGAGCACCAGGAGAGGACGGAGACAAGGGUGACUCUGGCCUCCCUGGUCAAAAAGGGCUGAAAGGUACCAAGGGUGAUACGGGGCCCCCUGGUGUGGCUGGGCCACAAGGACUGAGGGGAGAGCCUGGCGUACCAGGCGCAGAAGGCGAGCAAGGUCCUCGAGGUCCCACUGGACCUCAAGGAAGCAAAGGAGAGGAUGGUCCUAUCGGAGCCACCGGCAGUGCCGGGGCCCCUGGACCUCAGGGUCUUCCCGGUCCUCGCGGUGGAAAAGGUGACAAGGGAGACGUAGGCAAGAAGGGUCCUCCUGGACCGGCGGGAAUGCGUGGCGAGCCGGGCCCAAUAGGAGCCAAGGGCGGCGAAGGAAUUCCUGGUUCCCCAGGACCCGAAGGUCCUCAGGGCCAAAAGGGUGAUGACGGAGCGCCCGGCCUCCCUGGCGCACCGGGCAAAGACGGCGAACAAGGACCGAGAGGUCCUCCAGGUCCUAAAGGUGAAGAAGGGAAGCCUGGUCUUCAGGGUGUACCUGGUGUCAAAGGACCUCCUGGCCUCGAAGGGCCUAAAGGUUCACCCGGCCCGCCAGGCUUUCCUGGCCCUCCUGGUGCAGCUGGAUUGCCCGGAAUAAAGGGCGAAAGAGGAAUUGACGGAGUCGACGGCCAACCAGGCGCGGCUGGUGAGAUGGGUCCAAAAGGCGAAAUGGGGAAAAUGGGAACACCUGGAGCACCUGGAAAGCCGGGCCCAAUGGGUCCUCCCGGCUUGCAAGGUGACGUCGGCCUUCCUGGAGACAAAGGUGACAAGGGCCAGAUGGGGCCACCAGGACUCCAGGGCCCCACAGGACCACCGGGUCCACCUGGACCACCCGGACCACAAGGUCUUCGAGGGUCCCCGGGCGUUGCAGGUGACGUUGGAGCACCUGGCUUAGUGGGGCCGCCUGGCCAACCUGGAAGUACGGGUGCGCCAGGCGACAAGGGCAUGAAGGGUGAUCGAGGAAAACGUGGCUUCAAGGGUCACAGUGGGCUGCUAGGAAGAACAGGUGCCAAGGGCGACAUCGGUGAAAAGGGAGAAAAAGGUCAGCGCGGAGACACCGGACCUCCAGGACCUCCGGGACCCCAGGGACCCAUCGGCAUGGAAGGCGCUAAAGGCUCCGAUGGGCCACAGGGAGAGCCGGGACCCGAAGGAAUUCCGGGGCCUAAAGGCGUUCAGGGACCAGCAGGAAUAAAGGGAGAAACAGGACCACCAGGACCUGUAGGACCUCCGGGCCCGCCAGGAGAAGGACCCCAGAUACCUCCGGAGAUGCUGUUCCAGAGGGAUCGCCACAACAGGUUCAAGCGCAGCCUUGAAAAACUUAACAGCAGCGAUGAAGACGAUUUCACUGUUGCCACCGGUAAGAGCGACGACGACGACGACGUCGACGAGCACAACUCCACGAUGACAGCUGAACCACUGACCGAAGCAUCAUUCGAGAAGAUCAACCGUACGCUGACGCACAUCUUUGCCAAUGUGUACAUCAUGCGGCGCGAGAUUGAACACAUCCGGCGGCCCGUUGGCUCGCAGCCCAAUCCGGCCAGGUCAUGCCGCGACCUGAGACUCGCGCACCCGGACACCCCCGACGGCUGGUACUGGGUGGACCCCAAUUUGGGCGCGUCGGACGACGCAGUGCGCGCCUACUGCGGCAUGCGUGCCGGCGGCGAGACCUGCGUGUUCGCCGACGAAGAAGCACACGCUGCCCGCAUUUUCAGGUGGGAGAAGCCCCCAACCUCCGCAGCUGGCAAUGGCUCGUCGACAUGGUUCAGCCACCUCAAGGGUGGCUUCAGGGUGCGCUAUCGCACCGUUGGCGAUGUUCAACUGCGCUUUCUGGGACUUCUGAGCACCGGAGCCUACCAGAACUUUACAUUCGUGUGUAACAACGUGAACGCUUGGUACAGCCAACGGACUAAAGACCACGCACACGCACUUCGCUUCCGAGGCCGCGACGCUGCUGUUAUCAGCUUCGAGAAGAACAGCCCGACGGUGCCCGUGGACGACUGCCAGUACCGGGAUGGCAAGACGGUGUUCGUGUUCAAGACCAAGGAGCCCGCCACACUGCCAAUUGUAGACUUCCAACCAUUCGACUUCGGCGGCGAACACCAGUCCUUUGGAUUCGAGAUCGGACCCGUCUGUUUUCAAUAAAGUCUACAGUUACUUU